AUGCCCAAGUCUUCAGUGGAACCCCGGACCCCCGCCAGUAGCGCGGGUUCCAGCUGCACCACCGCCACGAUCCAUCUCGAAGCCGCGCGAAUCGUCAUGCAAGGAAAUGCGAGCAGCGGCAGCAACCACUACAUCGCAUGUCCUGCCAAGUGGCCAGCAUGUCCAUGUGAUGAAUGGGGCCGAGUUCGACGAGCUUCGUCGGAAACUGCAGAUGCAGACAGCUUCUCGGCGCUACAGGAAGCGCAAGAAGGAGGUCACGACAACAAAAGAUGGAGAUUAAGGAGCUACAGUCGGAACUCGCGCGACUUCGAGGGCUCGAAAAGCAGUCGCGGGUCAAUAAGAAACGAUCGCGAGACUCACUCGAGAAAGAGCUCACGCUUCACGAGAAGGAGAUCUCGGAGCAAGACCCAGGAUGCCGCCAAGAAAGAAGUCGACUGGGUAACGGUGGAAUGUGGGCUACCCCUGCCUACGGUACGCCAGUGA